AUGCACCAAAUCUUCCCCUCUACCUUUUUCAAUUUCGAGUUUCUUCGCCUUCUCGGGACCGCCCCAUAUCUCGGUGCCGAGACCGGAGAGUGCCUUGCCACGGCGGCACGUAUCAAGGAUGGAGAUCCUGAGAGCUGGUACCAUGCCUGGUACGAACAGGCCCAGAAGGCACUGGCCCUCGCUGAUGAGGCCAAAGCCGUUGGAGACGGUCCCGGUGCCGCGUGGGGCUACAUCCGAGCGUCCAACUACUUCCGGGCCAGCGAGUUCCUCCUCCACUGCACGCCAGAGGACCCGAGGAUCCUCUCGUCUGCCGUGGCGAGUGCCGAUGCCUUUGACAAGGGCUGGAUCCUGCUGGAUGGCUCGGUGAGGAAGGUCGACAUCCCUUACGAGGGUGGCAACACCCUGCCCGGACGGCUCUACCUCCCGGCCCCUCAUCAUCAAGUCUCCGGCAAGAUCCCUGUUGUUAUUCAGACCGGCGGUUUUGACUCGACUCAGGAGGAGCUCUACUACUACGGUGCCGCUGGCGCCUUACCACGUGGCUAUGCCGUCUUUAGCUUUGACGGACCUGGCCAAGGCCUAUCACUUCGCAAGGACAAGCUCUACCUACGCCCUGACUGGGAGCACGUCACCAGCAAAGUCCUGGAUCAUGUCAUCGGGGAGCUUGUUCCGGUGCAUAAUCUCGACGUGGACCGCCUUGCCGUUUUUGGCGCUUCUCUCGGAGGCUACCUCUCCCUCCGCGCCGCUGCGGAUCCCCGCGUCAAGGCAGUCGUGUCAUGCGACGGGCCGUUGGACCUCUUCGACAUUACCCGCAGCCGCAUGCCGCCGUGGUUCAUCAAUGGCUGGCUGAGCGGAUGGCUGAGCGAUGGCUUCUUCAACUGGGUCAUUGACCGGCUGGCGUCAGUCAACUUUCAGCUUGCGUGGGAGUUCGGCCACAGCAAGUGGGUAUACGGCGUCAAGACACCUGCAGACGUCAUGCGGACCAUGCAAAAGUUCUCCCUCAAGGACGGGUACCUGUCCAAGAUCAAGUGUCCCACACUGAUCACCGGUGCAGCUGAUUCGUUCUACUUUACGCCACAGCAGAAUGCCCAUCCCAUCUUUGAUAGCCUUUCUGCCCUCGGGCCGGCGGAGAAGCACCUGUGGAUCGGCAAGGGCGUCGAGGGCGGUGGUCUGCAGGCCAAGAUUGGAGCUUUGGCGCUCAUGCACCACAAGAUGUUUGCCUGGCUGGAUGAGACAUUCGGGAUUCGACGGGACGAACUGUGA